UAUUUGAAGUAUACAUAGAUAUCAUUAUCGAUAGAUGCUGGGAAGAUGCUGCGUUUUGAAGGAAACAAAUAUAUAUAAAAUUCUGCUUGGUAUUGAUUCCUGUGGAUUCAGAAUUCAAAUUCUAUCUCUGUCUGUUGGGGAAGGAAGUUCAGGUUAAAUUUUCCUCUCUGCGGGCAAAUGAAUCUAGCCAGUAGCGAACAUUUGCAGGUGCCUAGAAAGCAAGUGCACCAUGGAGGAGAGAUUGCUGAUGAUGCAUAGGAUACAUCUAAUAGGUUAACUACAGCUACAAGGUUAUUAUAGGCCUAUAUAGCAUGGUCCUGCCGUGGGCGUUUCGGUGAGCUCGUUCUAUUGGUCCUAGUUCAGUUGACUAGUCAGUUGAGGCCACACGUCUUUUUGUCAAGUAAGGGUCAGAAUUUAUUCGCUCCUUGGAGGAAUCAAAAAUUUAAACUUAAAAAAAUAGCUUAGCUUAUUCAAAAACUAUGACAUAUACACAGCGUCUGGCUCCACCAUGGAAAGAAAAAAGAAAGGCCAAUUGCAGAACUAGUCUUCUUCUCUUUCCUUGCUUAAAUAAUUAUUAGAACCCAAAACUAAAAACACCCCCAAUUAUACAAACAUCAGAGAAAGUUGUCCAUCAAAGAACAAACUGUUUGAUAAAUGAUUAUGCUGAUCAGUAUCCUGAUCAGCAACAUGGUUGAGUAAGGAAGCUAGCUAAAGUUGUUCAUUGUCUUUAUUUGUCUUCAUCCACCGAUUACGCUUGGCUGAGAGAUGGCGGGUUUGAAGGUUCUGUCCGCUCUUGAUUUAGCAAAAACACAAUUGUACCAUUUCAAAGCAAUAAUAAUAGCAGGUAUGGGUCUAUUCACUGAUGCUUAUGAUCUCUUUUGUAUUACGCCCGUCAUGAAAUUGAUAGGACGAAUCUACUACGAAGAUCAAGAUAUUGAUGAAUCAGUGAGAGGUGUAGUACCACCAUCAGUCGUAUCCAUAACAGUUGCCACCGCUCUUAUUGGUACUGUCUUCGGGAAAUUGGUAUUUGGGUAUUGUGGUGAUAAGUGUGGUAGGAAAAGAGUUUAUGGUUUUGCACUCCUAAUCAUGAUUUUCAGCUCCAUUGGUUGUGGUUUCUCAAUUUGUAAGACAAGGAAAUGUGUAAUUACUAGUCUUUGCUUCUUUAGGUUCAUGCUUGGUUUCGGUAUUGGAGGGGAUUACCCAAUCUCAGCUACAAUCAUGUCUGAAUUCGCUAAUAAAGCGACAAGGGGUUCUUUUAUUGCCACUGUCUUCUCCAUGCAGGGUUUCGGGAUUCUCACUAGCUCGGCUGUUACCAUGCUUCUCUGUGUGAUAUUCAAUCAUGCUUCCGAGUCUAAGAACACCGUUAUCCGAACACCUGACGAGGCUGAUUUAUUAUGGCGGUUGAUUUUGAUGUUCGGUGCUAUUCCGGCUGCUAUGACAUUUUACUGGCGAAUGAUGAUGCCUGAAACUGCCAGGUAUACUGCUUUGGUGGAACAAAAUCUCAGACAAGCAGUGAAAGACAUGGAAGGAGUGUUGGAUAUACCAAUGACUGAUAUCACAGACGAACACGAGUUCGUGCCCAUGCCACCAACUUACGGAUUUUUUUCAAGCGAAUUUUUCUGGCGCCAUGGACAAGAUCUCUUUGCUUGUGCUUCUUCUUGGUUCCUUGUGGAUGUUGUUUUUUAUAGCAGCAAUCUAUUCCAGUCCCAUGUUUAUCAUGAUCUGCUUCGAGAUCCCCAUAAAGUGAAUGCCUAUCAGCAGGCUUAUGACGUAGCAAAACUUCAAGCGAUCAUAGCAGUUUGUUCUACAAUUCCAGGGUAUUGGGCUACUGUGUUUUUUAUCGAUCGAAUUGGUAGAGUUAAAAUUCAAAUGAUGGGGUUCUUGGUCAUGGGAAUUUGUAUGUUUGCUAUUGGAAUACCAUAUUACAGUUAUUGGCAUGAUCACACAAAUGCAGGGUUCUUAAUCCUUUAUGGACUCACAUUCUUCUUUUCUAACUUUGGUCCAAACACGACAACGUUCAUCAUCCCUGCGGAGCUAUUUCCUGCAAGGUUUCGAUCCACUUGUCAUGGGAUCUCUGGUGCUAUUGGAAAAAUUGGUGCAAUUAUAGGUUCAGUUGGAUUUCUAUGGGCUUCUCAGAGUCAGAAUGAGAAGGACGUUGACAAGGGUUAUCAAAAAGGUAUCGGCAUGACUAAUGUAUUAGUGAUUCUUGGUGGCAUUUCACUGUUAGGAAUGGUCUUGACCUAUUUCUUCACACGUGAAACCAUGGGAAGGUCUUUAGAAGAAAACGAGGUGGAAUACGGAGCGUCUAACCAAACGAGUUUUAUGGCAUGUUUUACUGGUGCUGAACAAUCAAGUCCGGAACAUCAUCACCAUCCUAGUUCUCAUGUCCGUCCGAGCAUCAGCAGUACCACUAGUAGCAGCACUAGUAAUAGUACUGUUGCUAUUGAUCAGAGGAGAAGUAGUACUUCUGCUUCUAUUUUGGCUUAAUUUUCAAUCCAGAAAUUCAUGUUGUGCCCUUUAAGUUUAAUCUAUGCGUGUAUAGUGCAUUCAUUUACAUUACAUACAAUCAGAGUUUUGCAAGUUCUUAUACGAGGUUAUUAAGAUAU